ACCUACCUCUGGAGCACCGAGGACUGCCUGGGCCAGGGGGCCACAGCCUGUGUCUACAAAGCUCGUAACAAGAAAUCAGGGGAGCUGGUUGCUGUGAAGGUCUUUAACAACGCCAGCUACUUGCGGCCCCAGGAGGUCCAGAUGAGGGAGUUUGAGAUGCUGAGAAAGCUGAACCAUAAAAACAUUGUCAAACUCUUUGCUGUAGAGGAGACAGGCAGAAGCAAGCAGAAGGUGCUGGUGAUGGAGUACUGCUCGAGCGGCAGCUUGCUGAGCGUGCUGGAGGACCCGGAGAACACCUUCGGCUUGGCUGAGUCCGAGUUCCUCAUCGUGCUGCAGUGUGUGGUGGCAGGGAUGAACCACCUCCGCGAGAACGGCGUCGUGCACAGAGACAUCAAACCAGGCAACAUCAUGCGGCUGAUGGGGGAAGAUGGGCAGAGCAUCUACAAACUGACUGAUUUUGGGGCCGCCCGGGAGCUGGAUGAUGAUGAAAAGUUCGUGUCUGUGUAUGGGACGGAGGAGUAUCUUCACCCGGACAUGUACGAGCGCGCGGUGCUGCGCAAGCCGCAGCAGAAGGUGUACGGCGUCACCGUCGACCUCUGGAGCAUCGGCGUCACCUUCUACCACGCUGCCACCGGCAGCCUCCCCUUCAUCCCCCUCCGGGGGGCGCGCCCGGACAAGGAGAACAGGUACAAAAUAACCACGGAGAAGCCCCCUGGAGCCAUUGCAGGGGUCCAGAGGCAGGAGAACGGGAGCAUCGAGUGGAGCUACGAGCUGCCCCUCACCUGCCGCCUCUCCGCGGGGCUGAAGGACCAGCUGAUUCCCAUUCUGGCCAACAUCCUGGAGGCAGAUCAGGAGAAGUGUUGGGGAUUCGACCAGUUUUUUGCAGAAACCAAUGACAUUUUGCACAGGAUUGUGGUGGACGUCUUCUCCCUGCCGCAGGCCUCCUCCCACCGCAUCUACAUCCACUCCUACAACACUACCACCAAGUUCUUAGAUGCUGUCUUCAAACAAACGAGCAUAGCCCCUCACCACCAAGAGUACUUCUUUGAAGGGCAUCAGUACGAGUUGGAUCCGAAUCUGCAAGCUCAGAACUUCUGCAGAACCACAGAGCACAACCCUCUGACCUUGCUGAGCAUCGCCGAGCAACCAGAAGAGGUGGUGGGAGUCAGAUACAGAGACCCGGCGCUUGAGUUCCCAAAGCUGGUGCCCAGGGUGGACGUGGUGGCUGACUGCGGCGCAGCCAAG